AGACUGGAGAAGAAGUAUUUCCCCGAACUCACAAUUUUGUAAGGUGGAUCAGAAAAAACACCGAAGUAAAUCUAGUGACAGGGUAAAAGUACGGACACGCCGAAGUCUGUCUAAGCUAAGAAAUAGCCCAACCAGAUCUAGAGAUCGGAGAAGUAUUUCCCAGAACCGAAAUAAAUCUAGUGACCGGGCAAAAACACGGAUCCGUCGAAGUUCCCCGACGGAGAGGCUGGACCGACACCCUACUUCGAGGUGUCGGUCUCGAAGCCCGCGUAAUAUGCAUCGUUCCGACUACAUAAGGUAUCAUCACUCGCUCCAGGGAGAGCGCUGCUGGGCAGAAAGAAUUCAACGUCGCCCAAAUACCUUCUCAAGUCCGAGAAGAUCUCAAGACUUUCGUAGGACGCACAGCAGUCGAUAUUCCCCAUUACGCCUGCCUCGACAACGUUCAAGAAGUCGUUCCCUUUCAGAAAAGUACUCAAGGAAUCGUCGAUCCAGAAGCAGGUCUCCUCGAUUGAAAUUCCCAAUCCGAAAUGAUUGCAAUAACAGGUCCCACCAGGAAAAGAUCCCAAAAAGCGGUCUAUCUAGGAGCACAGAGCGUUCUAGAAGCAGAUCUACAUUCUCACCGGCACCACUUCGAGAGCGUUUGAAAGGCCCGCCCCCAAUGUUGAAAAUUCAACUUACCUCCAGAAAAAAAUCACCGUCUGCACACAGCCCGUCUCUGCUGGGUGAGACGAUGACAUCCCUCCAAAUAUCUACCUCUGAUCAAACCAGUCAGUCAGGAGAGCAAAGGCUUCAACCUAUGAAAAGUGCUUCCCCGGUGAACUCAUUGCCCCGACCCAUCGCCCCAAUGAUUACGCUUCACGGCAAUAGAGUGAGCCGACCAUCAUCAUUGCGAAGACAGCUGCUUCCCACGCCAACGGCCCCUCACAUGUUCUACAUGCAGACGCAUUACGGAAACAUUGAAUACAGAACUGCGCUGAGCUAUCACACACUAGGGCCGCCCGAUAGCCCAACUCCGGCUAAUUUGGGCCCCUUCGACUUACGCCAUCGUCUGCAUACAUCGCGCUCUCAAUUUUACCUAGGGUCAAACGAUCUUCGGCACCGGAUCCAAGACCUUUGCGUUCAGAAUACAUACUUACAGCCUCCAGCCUUCAAUGCCCAUGCACAGUGGCCCCCAGUCUAUUCGAUCGAUUACAACUCUAGCGGUUACUACUGAAAAAUUGCAUGUCUAAACACAAUGUAUUAUUUUUAUUACAUCU